AGAGACAGGCGAAAGGGAGGGAGCUGAGUGCCGAGAGGUCGAUGGGCCGAGCAUAAAUGUCUCGAUGAGUGUGAGGCCGCCAUUUUAGAUGAGGAACGAAACGGACGGCGCCGAGCGGGACGAGAGCCUGGGGGGAGCGGCCGAGGGGCAGUGACAUAGAUGAUGUGCUUCAUCCUUUUAUUAUAGGACUUCAUUUGUUUAAAGGAAAACUAAAGACCGUAUCAAUGGAGCACAUUCAGGGAGCUUGGAAGACUAUCAGUAACGGCUUUGGACUCAAGGAUUCUGUCUUUGAUGGCCCAAACUGUAUUUCACCUACUAUCGUCCAGCAGUUUGGUUAUCAACGCCGAGCAUCUGAUGAUGGCAAAAUAUCAGAUACAUCCAAAACGAGUAAUACUAUUCGUGUUUUCUUGCCCAACAAGCAGCGCACAGUGGUAAAUGUGCGAAAUGGAAUGACCUUACAUGACUGUCUUAUGAAGGCACUUAAAGUCAGAGGUCUGCAGCCAGAAUGCUGUGCAGUUUUUCGACUUCUUACUGAACCAAAAGGAAAAAAAGUGCGUUUGGAUUGGAAUACAGAUGCUGCCUCCUUGAUUGGAGAGGAACUGCAAGUGGACUUUCUUGAUCAUGUUCCACUCACUACACACAAUUUUGCUCGGAAGACGUUUCUAAAGCUUGCUUUCUGUGACAUCUGCCAGAAGUUCCUGCUCAAUGGCUUUCGGUGUCAGACAUGUGGUUAUAAAUUCCACGAACACUGCAGCACUAAAGUUCCAACCAUGUGUGUUGACUGGAGCAAUAUCAGGCAACUCUUAUUGUUCCCAAAUUCAAAUAUCAGUGACAGUGGUGUCCCUGCACUACCUCCCUUGACAAUGAGACGGAUGCGGGAGUCUGUCUCCCGGAUACCUGUUAGUUCCCAGCACAGGUAUUCUACACCUCAUGCCUUCACAUUCAACACAUCAAACCCUUCCUCUGAGGGCUCUCUUUCCCAAAGACAGCGAUCUACAUCCACACCAAAUGUCCAUAUGGUUAGCACUACAAUGCCUGUAGACAGCCGGAUAAUUGAGGAUGCAAUUCGAAGCCAUAGUGAAUCAGCCUCACCUUCUGCUCUGUCUGGAAGUCCUAACAAUAUGAGCCCAACUGGCUGGUCUCAGCCCAAAACCCCAGUCCCAGCCCAAAGAGAGAGAGCCCCUGGAUCUAAUACCCAAGAAAAAAACAAAAUUGUAAGUACGAGGCCUCGUGGACAGAGAGAUUCCAGUUACUACUGGGAAAUAGAAGCAAGUGAAGUCAUGCUUUCUACCAGAAUAGGGUCAGGUUCUUUUGGAACAGUUUACAAAGGCAAAUGGCAUGGGGAUGUAGCAGUGAAGAUACUAAAGGUUGUAGAUCCAACCCCAGAACAGUUCCAGGCUUUCAGAAAUGAAGUGGCUGUAUUAAGGAAGACUCGGCAUGUUAAUAUUUUGCUCUUUAUGGGCUACAUGACUAAAGAUAAUCUGGCCAUUGUUACACAGUGGUGUGAAGGAAGCAGUCUGUAUAAACACCUGCACGUUCAAGAGACCAAGUUCCAAAUGUUCCAGCUCAUUGAUAUUGCUCGGCAGACAGCACAGGGAAUGGACUAUUUACAUGCAAAGAAUAUUAUCCACAGAGACAUGAAAUCCAAUAAUAUAUUUCUUCAUGAAGGCCUCACAGUGAAAAUAGGAGACUUUGGUCUGGCAACUGUAAAAUCCAGGUGGAGUGGAUCUCAACAGGUGGAACAGCCUACUGGUUCAAUCUUGUGGAUGGCACCAGAAGUGAUACGGAUGCAGGAUAGUAACCCGUUUAGUUUUCAGUCAGAUGUCUACUCCUAUGGAAUAGUAUUAUACGAACUAAUGACCGGAGAGUUGCCAUACUCCCACAUAAACAACCGAGAUCAGAUUAUUUUCAUGGUUGGCCGAGGGUAUGCUUCUCCAGACCUCAGUAAACUGUACAAGAACUGCCCCAAAGCAAUGAAGAGGCUUGUAGCAGACUGUCUGAAGAAAGUUAGGGAAGAACGACCUCUGUUUCCACAAAUACUGUCAUCCAUUGAAUUGUUGCAACAUUCUCUACCCAAAAUCAACCGGAGCGCUUCUGAACCAUCUCUGCAUCGUGCUGCCCACACAGAGGACAUAAAUUCAUGCACAUUAACAUCCACGAGACUGCCCGUGUUCUAGGAUCAUGCUCCCCUUCCCUUGUUCUCUCCAGUGAUGGGAAAGGAACAGAAGUAACAGAAGUUGUGCUUUUAAUGCCUCAGUGUACAGGAUCAGUGCCAGCAGGAUUAUCUGCAUCCCAGUUUUAAGAACAAGCUGCUAAGGAUUUCUGCAGUUUUAUCCUGCAGGGACACAGCUCCACCUUGCCUUUUUCUACAGUUUCUUUUACUGGGAUAGUUAACAGACUGUAAAUCAAGAGAUCUAUUACUAUUUUUUUAAUAGAUGCACUUGAGCCUUAUUUUUCCCAUACACGGAAGCGAUGGAUGUUUCUUUGGCAGUGUUUCUGGAUUGAUUUGAAUCUGUUGCUAAAUUGGUAUUUUUUACAGCAAGGAUGGCUUGCCUCGGCGUUUGAGGAAAGAUGAUGCAUUAUGGUGCUCCUUGAUUGCCCCAUGCCAUAUGCCACCUCAGGCUGGGGGAGUUUUGCCUGAAAUGGGUAUCUGCAAACAAGACUGAGGGAAGAGGAAAAAACUUUCUGGAAAUCAGCUCCUGCCUAAGAGCUUUCAUCAAGCCAAUGAAAUAAGUUAAAAUGCUAAUUCAACACGGAAUAGUUUUGCAAUAGUUUUGCACAUAGAAGAAAAACUCUUGCAAAAGAAUGGAAUAUAUUCUGAAUUGUACUGCUCAGAGAAGGAAGCUAGCCAGUCUUGCUACGGUCAUCUUCAGUAACUUAAGCAGCUUACUCUGGUACUAUUGACUUGUUUCUUGCAGCCCAAUGAGGUGGUAAGUGCAGAAAGACAGGCUUUUGUGGCUGAGAAAAGGCUACUUAACAUUAUCCGUAUACUUCUGCAGAAUGAGCAUAGUCUUCAUCCCAUCUGAAGCUGUCGUCCAAGAGAUGCACUAUCAAGAGGAAACUGAGCAUAUACAGUUUUAUCUUGCUGAUUUGGGUUUUAAUUUUGUUUUUAUUGCUCCUGAGAAAAUGCAUUUAUUGUAAGCCAAGGUUCCUCUGAUUAUCUUAUUUUAAUAAAAUAAAUUAAAUUUUAGGUUUAAGAUUCGAUGUCAUCAUUUAAUGUAGUAAUCCGUAGUUCUGACAUGUACGUCUCGAUUUGAAAAAUGCAGAAAACGACAUUUGGAAUAACAUUUUAAAAGUUCCUAGUCAAGUAAAAACACACUUGAUAUUACGAUGGUCUUUAUUCUCCUGUAAUAAUCUUUCAGCAGCAUUUACUUAUUAAGAUACCUACACUGAGGUACUAUCAAGCUCUUUAACUGCACCAUUUUUGCUCUACGUUUUAUCUCCUGUGAAUCUGUUGUUUACUUAGGUAGAAGUGUUUUGUCUUGGCUGAACUCCACAGACGACAAGAAAGAGGUGGUGUAAUCUAAAAAUUUAUUUUUUAAAUUUUUUAAAUUCUGUUUAAAUGUGUCUAUCAGGAAAAGAAUGGAAGCCAAGUUUCCAUUCUUGAACGGAAGCUUGGGAUUUUGUGUCUUUCUCUGUGCAAACAGAUAAGUGGAGGGCUCCUGUCUAGUGAGUGAGCAGGCAAGGUGUCUGUAACCACUGUUACCUCAAUCUAAACAGCUGCCUAAAAUUUGUUAGGCAGAAUACUGUUGCUGUGAAUUUUGACAGCUUAAAUAUGCUGCCUGUCAUGUCCAAAUAGCCAUUUCGGCUUCUGAUUUGCAGCAAGCAAGAACCCCACAAAAAGUGCUUAUGGAAGGGAAGAGAAGAACUUGAAGUACGUAAGCCAGACACAUACUUGAAAAAUAUCUGGACUGGUUUUCCUCAGAAUAUCAUACAAGAAGGGUAGAAUAUUAAUCCUUGGGUGAUACUAGAGUGUGACCAUAAAAUCUGCUUGCUGAAAAGUCAGGGUUGAAGGACACUUCCAUGUAGUUCUGUAUGAUUUUUAAUAAUAUUCUUGGUAUUUUAACUGCAACCUUCUCUAAACAUCAUUUAUCAUUUUACCUCGUAAGAAAGGGAGGGGGGGGAAGAAAGGUAAGCUGUUUUUACUUUAGCUCUGAUUUCCAAAAAGAAACCAUUGAGUCCUAAUCUUUAAAACGGGUUAUGUGUCUCUUGAAAAAUUAAAAUAACUUUAAUUGGCUUAUUUUGACCAGCACUUGAUUUCAAAUUAGAUGAAAUCUACUAAGUGAAGAAUUUAAAAGGCCUGAGUUUCUUACUGCUCUUAAAUGAAAACUUCUGUUUAUGUUGUCCCUAGGCAGCUUUAAAAAACAAGUUAUCUUUUUAAUUUCAGACUACUGUUACCUGGUUUAUGUCAUCUUGGGGCAAAGUAAAUCAGGAAUGUCUUGUUUAAGGUAAAGAACAUCUUCUCCAUUGA